GCCAGACUCCAAACCAGAAUCCGAGUGGCCGCAAGGUUUGAAGUACGUGAAAGUCACCGACCGAGUUACUGAGAAUACAGCCCUCCUCACUACUGACAUCAGCAGCACGGCGGCACGGAAUAGACUGCGGGAACUCGGCUGGUUAGGAGCUGUGUCCAUCAUCCCUAAGCAG